AUGGCCACCAACAUCAGCUGGGCCCAACAAAUUAUGAACGCUCCCGAUCUACCUUAUGCAAGCAAUCCACCACGCAUCAAUCCUCCUUACUGUGUUGGCUUCAAGAUUACUUAUCCAUCCAAGUAUAAUGAAACGCCUCUGAAAUGGGGUGAUAUUGGUUUUCUCAGCUGGCAAGUGGACAAGAAUAUGAAGAAUCCCCCUGAUUUGAUCACCCGUAUUCGCUUGUUGGAUGCGACACAGCGUAAUUUGCAGAUUAUCGGCGAGAAUGUCACCAUCCAUACACAUGACAACAAAGGUGGAGUGACUUUCCCCGUGUACAAUCAUGAUAUGCAAGGUUACUUGGGUCACUAUCGGAUCAUGGUGAAUCAUCCUAAUGAAAGCGUCCAUUGUGUAUAUGAAUCAGUCCCAUUUGCCAUCACUCCUCGUUCCACAGAGAGAUUUACCAACAAUGACACUCCAGUGCCAAAAUACUCUGUAGCCAAUGCACGACGACUAUUGUUGGAUAAGAAGAAGCAAUGA